GUGAGUGCCGGUGGGGGGGACUCCACAGUCUUUGCGCAGCGGGGAGGGAAACAAACGCACGACAUGAUCUGGACCAUCUUCCUGCUCGUCCACGCCGUCCUGCUGUAUUUUAUCGUCACACACAGAACCAGGUCCAAGACUGAACCGCCUCUUGACAAAGGAAGUAUCCCAUGGUUGGGUCAUGCACUUGAAUUUGGGAGAGAUGCCUCCAAGUUCUUGAAUCGCAUGAAGCAGAAACAUGGAGACAUUUUCACAGUGCGUGCUGCUGGACGCUAUGUGACCGUGCUGCUGGAUCCACACUCAUACGACGCCGUCAUCAACGACUCGGAUUCCCUGGACUUUACGCGCUAUGCACAGGUGCUCAUGCAGAGGAUCUUCAGCCUGCGGCUCCCACAUCACCAGGCCACCAAAGAAAAAGCACUGACGAAAAAGCAUUUUGCGGGCAUGAAUUUGGCCGCACUCGACAGCACCAUGAGCCGACACCUGGAGGCUUUACUGAAAGCCGAUACGCCUUCGAACCAGACACACUGGAAAGACCAGGGACUCUUCGACUUCUCAUACAGCGUACUCUUCAAGGCGGGGUACCUGACGCUGUUUGGAGAAGAGCAGAACAACAACCGCUCAGAUCCUACAAGUGUCUACGAGGAGUACAGGAAGUUCGAUGGCCUCUUAACCAAACUGGCAAAGGGAACGCUGAAGUCAGAGGAGAAGAGAACAGCCCCCAGGGUUCAGCAGAGACUGUGGGAGCUGCUGGCUCCAGCAGGUCUGGCCGAGGACUCCGGCUCGAGCCCUUGGCUUAACGGAUACAGGCGGCUGCUGCAGGAGGAGGGGGCUGACGAGGACACGCAGAGAAAGGCUCUACUGAUGCAACUAUGGGCCACACAGGGAAAUGUUGGUCCUGCUGCAUUUUGGCUGGUGGGCUACUUGUUGACAAACCCUGCAGCUCUGAUGGCGGUGAAGAGCGAGUUCAGCCGGAUCUCAGAGAUGGAGACAUCAGAGACUCCCCUUAUUGACGGACCUGUGAACACCCCUGUUUUUGAUAGUGCUUUGGAAGAGGCACUGAGACUCACUGCUGCCCCCUUCAUCACCAGAGAGGUGGUGCGGGAAAAGACCCUCCACAUGGCUGAUGGCCGAGAGUACCUGCUGAGAAAAGGGGACCGGGUGUGUUUGUUCCCCUUCAACAGUCCUCAAAUGGACCCUGAGAUUCACCACGAGCCGCAGAAGUACAAAUACAAUCGCUUCCUGAAUGAAGAUGGAUCAACCAAGAGGGAUUUUUAUAAAGGAGGGAGGAAGCUGAAAUAUUACACCAUGCCGUGGGGUGCAGGGACCAAUGGCUGUGUGGGGAAGCGGUUUGCCAUCAACACCAUCAGAAAGUUUGUUUACUUGGUGCUGACUAACUAUGAUUUGGAGCUGUGCGACCCAAGUGCUCAGAUGCCCGAGGUGAACGCCAGUCGUUACGGAUUCGGGAUGCUCCAACCAGAGGGGGACUUGCUUAUCCGAUAUAAACAGAGGAAGACGCGCUAAGACAAAACCCGAUAUCUUUCGUGUUCAUUUCAACUUAUGCACAUUGUUGUC